AGUGACGUCAUUGUCAAGGGAAUUAUGUAAACAAAAGGGAAAGAAAACGUCUGUUCGUCAAAAUGAUUAUUUACGUGGAAAGCAAAGCGUUUCCGUACAAGACAUUUCUGGCGUUGGUCAAGCCAUCAGACAAGGUUGCCAGGAUCCGAGCACAUCUACUCCACAUACUGUAUGACAUAGGCCAAGAGGACCUCCAGUUUAAACUGCGCUACAAAGGACAGUACCUGCGGGAUGCUUUCUUUAUUGAAGACUAUGACAUUCCAGAGAAUGCUGUCAUCAAACUGCUACCUGUUGCGAGGAGGAAUGACACAAUGCUGGACAUCCGGUCAAUCGCCAGUACCAUGACGGUUAGUGUGGACGCCUUGUCAACUUCAGGUCAACAGGAUGUCAAAGUGGAGCUGUUUAAGGAGAUCCGGGAGUUCAUUAGACGAGAGAAGAUGAUGAGAGCCUUUGAUGUAAUGAUCUACAUAAUGUUCCUUGCCACCUUUUUGAACUUAUUGACCAAUUACUGGUACGCCUUUAGCUGGUCAGCGGUCCUCUUUGUUUUCACAGUGUUUUUUCGUCCAUACUACAACAGAUGUGGUGGUUUUACUGGAAACUACACCCAAUGGCGUUUCCUGUACUGUAUAUUUUAUGUGGUGGCGUCUGUCGGUGUACUCGGAGCUUCGCUGUACUACUGUUGUAUUAGCUGGAUGUCUGUGGUGGCUCAUGGCUGUAAAGACUGGGUAUUCGUGGAUGACUGUUCUCACAAGGGCGUGUUCACUGCUGUAUUUUUUUCUGCCCACUCCCUCAUUCUUCUAGCCUCAGCCAUCCUCAUAACUUUACUCUUCUUCAACUUCAGACUUGAGAAAGGAGACUACAUAGAGAAGUUUCUGGUACAGGAAAGGGACAUAGAACAAGUGAUGAAGUCUGCCCGCAGCUCCAAGAUAAAGGAGAAGAGGACUGCUGCCUAUGAGCUGGCUUGUAUGGCAGCAUCUGGGGAUGACAACAAGUUCCGGAUUGUAGCUGAGGGAGGUUUGGAUGUGUUGAUGGCAAUGGCACACUGUGAUGAUGAUGCGACCCAGGAGCACGCUGUGGAGGCCAUCGGAGAACUCCUCACCAUACAGUCCAUACAGGACAAUUUUGUUGACAUGAAUGGUGUCCAGACUCUGACGUCACUGCUCCAUUCGGAGAAUUCACGUAUUAUGCAGGAGGCUGCAGUUAGUCUGUACACCAUUGUCUCUGAGUCUGAGGAAAACAAGAGUUCGGUUGUUGCAGAUCAUGGAUUGGAUGACCUUGCCCAUGCCGCCUAUCAGGGUACCAUUUACUGCCAGAGGACAAUUGCUAGUAUCUACUUGGAACUGGCCUUCACCUCUGAGAUCAGGGCACAGAUGGCUUCUAGGAACAUGCCCGCCCAAGCCUUGGUACACUUGUGUAGCAGUACUGAUCCAGAAACACAGCGCUAUGCCCUGCAGACUUUCGAACUUCUUGCUAUUGAGAGCUCAGAGAUGAUCUGUGCACAGGAGGAACUUAUGGAAGUAUUGCUAGACCUCCCUAACAAAACCUUGGAUGAGAAACUAUACCUACUGGCCGGCAAAAUCCUCCUUUAUUAUGCUGAGAAUAAGAUGGCGUGUGAAAUGCUGGUGAAUCAUCCCAGUAUUAAGGAUGCCCUUACCAUGUUUGGCCGCUCCCAGGACACCAUCCUACAGAAGGUCGUAACCAAGAUCAUCUUCUGCAUGCUGGACACCAAAGAAAUGAAGUUGAAGGCGAGGGAUCAACAGCUACACCGAGUGCUAGGGUACAUCCGUGACAACUCUCUGGACCGUGAAGCCUGGGACAUGGCAGAUCAAGGUAUACAAGCCAUGGAUUCUGAUGAGGACAAUCUAUCAACUUUGCCGAUAUUGAGUACACUUGAGAAACUCAACAAGAUGGGUGACAAACACCGAUUUGGAUCGAGGACUUCACUCGGAUCGGAUGGAAAACCAGGGGCAAGCAACUCCAGCAACUCAUCGGAUGAGAAGCGCAAAAUUUGAAAAACCAGGGGCAAGCAACUCCAGCAACUCAUCUGAUGAGAAACGCAAAAUUUGAAAAUGAGUAAAGGACAAGAGAAUAUCAAUCUUUGAUCAAGAAUUCUUGUGAAAAAAUAUAUAUAAAUCCAGUGAAUAGAAUUUACAUUUAUACUGUAGAUAUGUAUUGUUUCUAUUUUAAUGCUGUAGAACUUUGUAUUAUCAAGGAUAUCAGAAGAAUUGCAUAUUUUUUAACGUUGGGUGUAAAAGUGUAGUUUAAUUUAAUUUAACACUAUACAUGUAAUUGUUCUAUUGCAGGAUAAUUAUCAAAUUAUACGUUCAAUUAAUCAAAAAUAGCUUAUUUGAUUUGGAUAUUUUUGCAUGAUAUGUAAAACUUGUUAGAACAAUAUGUUAAAUGAAAAUCUUUUUAACAUUAUUUUAAAAACAAAUUUGAUUUUAGAUACGGUAGGUACCAAAUUACAUUUUUGAUUGUUUUAUAUUUUAUUAGAAUCUAUUUAUGAUACCUGUUUAUACUGUUUAAUAUACUUAUCAUAGCUAGAUUUUAUUUUAUUUUAUGUAACAGAUUUUAAUCAGAUAUGUGAUGUCACUGUUAUUUUAUUACAGUAGGUUUAUUUUCUCAUUUUUGUUCAAGGAACCAAAUGACCUUAGCUGUUAAUAGGACGUUAAACAAAAUACAACCAACCAAAUCAAGGAACCAAAUUUCUCCAAUCUUGGCUUUCAAUGGUUGUAACACUUUCAAGUUUUCAUGAUUAGGAAGGGUACAGUAUUUAGAUCUGUGUUAAAAUUACAAGCAGAUCAUGUAAAUUAUUUGAAAAGUGUCUUGAGACUUUCAUUAAUAUUUUCAACACUUUGAUUUAAUUUCAAAUUUAAAUAUUACUUGUUUUAUUUGUUUUAGCUUGUUAUUAAAUAACCAUGACAUGCAAUUAGAUUUAAUUCCAUAUAUGAUAUAUUUGCUUAAAGUUUGAUAUACAGUUUGUGUAGUGUUUUAUAAUUACCCAGAUACACAUCUGAUUGUAACAUGUGUAGUUAUCUCUAUUCCGUCCAUGUUAAGGAUUUCUUUGUGAUAACUUCAUAUAUUCCGACCCUGAAAUUAGAAGUCUCUUUGAAAGACCUCAUGUUAAUUUACAUUUCUUUCUUUAUUAUCAUGUUCUUUGUUAAUUAUUGCAUUAAUAUCUAUAUGUUAAAAGUGGUAAGUACAUGUACAUAUUAUAUCUGUUGUGCGGUACAUGUAAAGCAGGUUCCUACAUUGACAAAACAGGAGUGUGUUCACCCUUUCACCCCUGAAAUUUCACAAUAGACUAUUCCAACAUUUGAAUUGGAAGAGUUCAAAUAUCAUUCAC